UUAGCACACCUGCAAACUGUUCCUUCCUAUGCUCACAUACACAUUGAAGCAUCUUGCUGCAUGCUCCAUAUGCAUAGCAUAAGUUCUGAAAGUAUCUUUCUUUAAAAAACACAUGUGUGUCUGCUCUCCACUAACUUAACCAAUCGACUGCAUGUGUGUCUGCCCGCCACUAACUUAAACCAAGGCUGUAUAUAUACUCCCAUCAGUCAGUUGUCACUUUUAGUUGCCUCUAGAACCAAGGCUCACACAUCAUAAAGAGCUACAAGCACAGCCAUUUACCCCCAAUGCCUAGCCGGCUGCAUAUCUUUGUCAGUUCUGCAAGACAUGUCACUAAUUCUUCUGUGUUCAUUUCUCGGUUCAUUGCUUCCCAUCUUAGCCCGCUUUUGAUUCACUUGUCCUAUUUUGUUAUCUUUGAUAUACUUGGUUUUGUUGCCUUGAUGGCGCUGAAGCCAAGCAACCCUAACUACACUCCUCGCUACAUCGACAUGCUUUUCCUUUCGACAUCUGCCCUCACAGUUACAGGAUUAGCCACCAUCAAAAUGGAGGACCUUUCCAGCUCUCAAAUAUUGGUCCUAACUCUCUUGAUGUUGUUAGGCAGUGAGAUGUUUGUUUCAUUGCUUGGCCUUGUUCAUGAGUUAAGCAAGCAAAACAAGCACGAUCCUGAAGAUAGUAGAGUCAGAUCAGUUACCGUGCUCAACGAGUCGCAGGUAGAAGAAGCAAUCCCGGCAACACCAUCAACAAAUUCCAAUGGCCUCAAGAAGAGUUGCCUCAAGUAUUUAGGAUUUGUGCUGGUUGCCUACAUGGUCACGAUCCUUCUUGUAGGUUCUCUAUUGGUGUUCAUGUAUGUCACACAUGUUUCAACUGCAAGAGAUGUGCUAGCAAGGAAAAGUAUCAACACCGUGCUCUUCUCGAUAUCGGUCACCACCUCUUCCUUCACAAAUGGAGGAUUGCUGCCGACAAAUGAAAGCAUGGCGGUGUUUGCCUCAAACCAGGGCCUCCUGCUGCUACUCACUGGUCAGAUUCUUGCAGGGAGCAUGCUGCUUCCUGUGAUUCUGAGGCUUGUGAUAUGGGCACUGAAAGGACUAAGAAUGACAAAAGUUAAACCUGAAGAGUUUGAGUUCAUGAUGCACAACACAAAAGCCAUGGGUUUGAACCAUCUGCUGCCUAACCUGCAGACAGUAUUCCUCGCAGUCACGGUUACUGCUCUCACAGCUGUGGCCGUCACACUCUUCUGCUGCUUGAAUUGGUAUUCUGCAGUGUUCACGGGGCUCACUUCCAGCCAGAAGAUUACCAACGCAUUGUUCAUGGCAGUGAAUGCAAGGCAGGCAGGAGAGAAUUCCAUCGACUGCUCCCUUGUCGCGCCUGCAGCUUUACUACUAUUCAUGGCUAUGAUGUACAUUCCAGCCUCGACAACAGUUUUCUCAGUGCAAGAUGAUGAUGCAAGAGGCGAUACGGAACACAAGGAUGGACCCAAGAAGAGAAGUCUAUCGCUGAAUAACAUGCUGUUUUCACCACUAGCCUGCAAUGCUGCAAUGAUAAUGAUCGUCUGCAUCACGGAGAGGAGAUUACUCUUUACGGACCCUCUCAAUUUCUCCACAUUCAACAUGAUCUUUGAGGUGAUAAGUGCAUACGGGAACGUAGGGCUGUCCAUCGGUUACAGCUGCUCAAGGCUGCUGCACCCAGAGAAAGAGAGCAUCUGCCAUGAGAAGCCGUACAGCUUCUCGGGGUGGUGGAGCGACCAAGGGAAGGUUGUUCUUGUUCUGGUGAUGCUCUACGGGAGGCUCAAAUGCUUCCACAAGCACAAGAACUAGUAAAUUAAACCAACACCAUCAGAUUAGCCGGCCAUAUAUCUAGUGAUACCACCCUUCAGGUGAUAUCACCAAACAUUCAAAUAGUGAUCUAAAUAGUUAUGAACUUCUUUAAAAACAAUUCUGUUAUAUAUGAUGAAGCAUCCUGUGAAAAAUCGAUCCAGAUCAAAACGUAUAUCAACAGAAAAAAAAAGACAAAAUUCAGUGAAUAGUGCCUGUAUUUUCCCUUUUGUUUUGGAUUUAUUUUUCAACAGAUUUUGUCUUAAUUUUAUUCUCACUGUGUUAUAUGUUAAUGUUGUGUCCAUGUGUUGAAGACCAUUUACACCACCAACAUUUCAACAUUGGUAUGAGGGUAUCACCUAAAGAGUGGUAUCACUGGCCCUGUUUUCAUGGUGUAAAUUUGCAACAAAGGUAUCAUAAAAUUCGUUUUAAUGUGCGAUUA